CUGGAACGAGAUGUAGUGUCCACACAACAAAGAGCCCUGUCUGUUAUUAAAUCGCUCCACAUUUUUAUAGAACCAGUGAUCGUUUUAGGGGUAGCGGAGGUCAAAGAUGACUGGUGGACUGAACUUUCCUGGGUCUUGCUCAGCGCGCAGCCUCCGCUGUAUCGAGCGACCGCGCCCCUACCACGUGCUCCAUUCACCGGCUAG